AGAUACGUUUCGGCUGGCGAAAGGGAAAGUUCGAACUGCGGACGCGUCGCCGGAAAAUCCUUCGCUUUUCCGGCUGCUUUUCCGAGUUUUGCGGGCUGCAUGUGAACGCACUGUCGGUACGUGUUUAUCCGCCUUUGAAAUGUAUUUUUGUGGCGCUAAAUAUUUGCCUAGUGCUAACUAGUUGUGCGUCGACGGUCAACUAGCUUUUCUGUUUGCUCGCGGCAGUGGCGUAUAUAUUUGCAUACUUUUUGGCGCCAGCUGAAAAAGUCCAAAAUAGAAAAGUGAAAUUGUGAAUCCGUCCAAAAGCAUUUAUACGGCAUGAAAACUUUAUGCCAACUGACAGCUACAUGAAUUGCUACUCAGGCUUAAGUGCGAGCUAAAGGUCAAUGCUAAUUGACACUGACGCGGCAAAUAAGUUGGGAAUUUCUCGAUAAUUGGGAAUAAAAUUCAAUCCUACUCUCGGAACAUUUUGAUCGCUUGAUCCUUUAGUCACAAUUUGGUUGAAUAUAAGAUGAAUACAAGAUGCCAUUGAUAGAAUCCGAAUAGGCUUGCAUUGUUUCAACUUUACAUCCUUUUACGAAUUGAGUCCUUUGGCUUCUGGCGCUGAUUGCCGUGAGGCGAGCAUCUUCAGCUCACUUAAAUAUUAAUUGAGCCCUCGUUCGACCAGCGUAUUAUGAGUGGAGAAUGAGGCAAGUGACACGCGCAUCGUCGGGUCAAAGUCAGGCCCUCCUUUCAUGCCUCAUUAUCGCCGUGUGCGCCGCAUUAAUAAUUCAAUCUGGGCAUAUCCAGGGUGUGAAAGCUCAGCCGGGACGCGAACCCGGCGAGGUGAAUUCGCGGCAGCCCGGCAACGGUGCGUAUGAAAACAGUACUGGCACGGAGAGGCGAUUGCGCAAAGUAAUUUGGAAAUGCAUUCCCACAGGAAAUGGGACCACUGGCCACCGCGUGCCGCGCAGUGUGUUCCACGUGCGCUGGAACCCCAACGAGAAGUUCAUCGUGGAGAGUCGCGAGAAUCCGGCCAUCAACUCGUCCAAGCUGGCUCCGCAUCCCCGACUCAAGGUCUCGAAGAACACCAAGCUCACGCUGAGCCCCAAGCUGUAUCUCUGCCACGACAAGCACUCGGAGCUGUGCCACAACAAGACCCAGCAGUUUCGCCAGCGCAUUGUCCGGGCCUUCGAGAAGGCCAUGGUGGAGUCGGUAAACGAGUCGCAGGCGAACCACUACAACGUGGACUACAAGCCCGUCUUUGGGGACAGCUUCGAGGAGCAGUACUACCCCUCGACCUGCCUGGUCAUGGAGGCGGGCGUGCGGGUCCUGCGCCGCAAGGACGCGCCCUUCAACAAACUGCCCUUCGGCCGGCUCUUUCCGCGUCAAAAGCUCUUCCGCAACGUCAAAGACAUCAAGACCUGCGCCAUCGUCUCCAGUGCGGGAUCCUUGGCUGGCUCCAAGUUAGGCCGCUUCAUUGACACGCACGACAUUGUGAUGAGAUUCAAUCAUGCGCCCACGCAAGGACACGAGGUGGAUGUUGGCAGCAAAACCACGAUCCGUGUGGUGAAUUCGCAAGUGGUCACCAAGCCGGAAUUCGACUUCACCCGAGCCCCCAUCUUCCGGAACGUCACGAUCGCCGCCUGGGAUCCGGGCAAGUACAAUGGCACACUGGAGGAUUGGCUCACUAGCGCUGACUACGACCUCUUUUCCAACUACGAGCUGUACAGGCGGCGCUAUCCGAAGUCACGUGCCUUCCUCAUCGAUCCCCACUCCGUGUGGCGCCUGUGGCAGAGUCUGCAGAUGUUUGCCGGAAACCGGCCGAUAAGCAAGAAUCCCCCCAGUUCCGGUUUUAUAGGACUGGCCCUGCUCCUGCCGCACUGUCCCCAGGUGGACUUCGUGGAGUACGUGCCGUCCACACGACUCAAUGGACGCUGUCACUACUACAGCAAAGAGAUGAAUUCCGCCUGCACAUUCGGCUCCUGGCAUCCGCUGGCCGCCGAGAAGCUGAUGGCCCUGGACAUGAACAUGGCGGAGGACGACGACAUGUCGGUCUUCCAGUUCGGCAUCCUGCGGAUUCGCCGGCCGGACAAACUGCUCUGCGGCUUCAACUUCUUUGGCUACUGAAGAGGAGCGCGAUUCCCAGUUGCCAGUUCGCAGUUUGCAGGCGGAAGUGGCAGUGACAAACCAGGUGCAUUUAAUCAAGUGGUUUUCAUCGAGUGCAAUAAACAAUUCAACUUUGCAAUG